GAAAUUUCAGUCUCACUAAAAUCCGUAACGAUGAAAGAUGUCACUCAUUUUUAACACGUCGGUGAAUAAUUUUAGUGGUCGAUUGCCAAUUUUAAAAUUUGAUCAAAUGAAUCAAAAUCAGGGCCGAACAUUUGGCCCGUUACUCGGAUUAUUUUUGGUAAAUUUAUUAGCGAAACUAGUGACUGCAAAAUAUUACUCCUAUUUACCGUAUCAUUUUUCUUAUGAUCCCAGUCCUUGGUUGGCGUAUAAUAAACCUCUACCUAGUCACAAUCAUCACAGUUCGUACUCGCAAUGGUACCCUAUCAAAAAUCCGUAUGAACAUUUGUAUCAAGCUUAUCCCACUUUAACGACAGCGUCUCCGUAUCUUACCGGUGAGCACCAGGUAGAUUACGAUUAUCGUGAAGAGUACGAGUACCCUAUUAAUGCUCAGUACGCCAAUUACGACAGGCUGAUUCCUGCUGAAUCAAAUAAUAUUCAAAAGCAGGUGACUCAGUACAAAAGAACAAUCAUUCCUCAUAAGAAAGAACAAGAAGACAUUCCUCUAAAAUCACCCACAACCAUUUCCCCAGUCAUUAUAGACAAACCAGAAACAACUACUACGGUUACAACAACCGUUGUACCUACGCUUACCACUACAACCGCCAGGACGCUUGAACCAGUAGCUGCCGAAUCCAGUUUUAAGGUGCGAAGACAACCCACCCAAAAAUACAAGAGGAGAAGUCCAUCCAGACGGGAUAAGUACCCUCAAAGACGCAGAAGAACUACCACUCCAGCACCAGAAUACUACGACAGUUACGAAGACGAUUAUACAGAGAGAUAUCAACCAAACAGGAAACGAAGACCCCCAUAUCAACAAUCCUCCGAGUCCUAUUAUGAUGCUAAUAAUGAAGAGUACUACGACUAUGAAACUACUACGAGGUACUACAAGAAACAAAAACGCCGACCUACUAGAAAAGUAAACAGGAAUCAAAAUCAAAAUCGGAAUGACGAUUCAUUUGAGAUUGAGACGAGUACGGAAAGGUUUAACCCGAAUACUGAAAUCGUGAUCGUGAGGCAAGCUAUGCCCACUACUACUGCCGCCAGUACUACUACAAAUGGGGGUAGUACUACUACUGAACCGACCACGAUUAUUACCAACACAACUAGUUCGUCUACGACGACGGCGAGCACGAAUAAUACGUAUGGAUAUGGACCAUCCAAUGGAAACGAGCACGUGUCGUUUACUUAUGGCCCCCCAGUAGGACCCUACAGCCACUAUCAAGUACCCUACGUCGACUGGUACGCACAUGAGGCCACAAAAAAUGCAAUAGUGAAAAGAGUUCGAGACAUCGUUAACAUUGACGAAAGAUUAAACUUGAAAUAAAAACACGAAAAACAAAAUCUAAAUGUAGGU